CGCGAUAAAUAGCCCUUGUCUCCAUCGAGACCACCCACCCACCACACACGGGCUGCGCAUGACAUGGCGACCAGCAGCAAGCUCCGGUCGCCGGUGCUCCCGCGCCGUCGACUUGCGGAGCCCUUCCUUCUGCUGCUCCUGCUCCUGCUCCUGGCCGCCGUAGCCCGCCCAACGGCGGCGGCGGACGUCGUCGAGCUGACCCUCCUCGCCGGCGCUCAGGAGAAGGGCGCAGUGUGCUUGGAUGGGAGCCCGCCGGGGUACCACCUGCAGAGAGGCUUCGGCUCCGGUGAGCACAGCUGGCUCGUCUUUCUUGAGGGAGGAGCCUGGUGCAACAGCAUCGAAAGUUGUUCCAGGCGCAAAAUGGGCGUGUAUGGUUCAUCCAAAUUCAUGAAAGCAGCAGAGUUCAAUGGAAUACUCAGCAAUGACCAACAACUGAAUUCUGAUUUUUAUAACUGGAACAAAGUUGCCAUAAGGUAUUGCGAUGGGGCAUCGUUUUCUGGUGAUGCGGAGGCCCAAGAUAAGGAUGGGAGCACACUUCAUUUCAGGGGAUUGCGCAUCUGGGAAGCAGUUGUUGAUGAGCUCAUGGGAAAAGGACUCGCAACUGCUAAACAGGCCAUACUUUCAGGAUGCUCUGCUGGUGGUCUGGCUGCACUACUGCACUGCAAUGAUUUUCAUGCACGAUUUCCAAAGGAGGUUUCAGCUAAAUGCCUUCCUGAUGCUGGAUUUUUCCUUGAUGUUGCCAGUUUCUGCUCCAGUGAGGAUUUAUCUGGCGAGAGGCACAUGUGGUCCGUAUUCAAUGGAACUGUUCAUCUUCAGAAUGUUAGAGAAGUUUUGUCAAAAGAUUGUCUUACAAAGAAGGAUCCAACAGAGUGCUUCUUUCCUGCUGAGCUUGUUAAGAGCAUCACCGCUCCCACGCUUAUUCUGAACUCUGCUUAUGAUUCUUGGCAGAUAAGGAAUGCCCUUGCUCCAGAUGGAUCCUUUCCUGGACAGUCAUGGUCCAGUUGCAAAACUGACAUUCGGAAUUGCAGUUCCACACAAAUCCAAGUAUUCAAUGGAUUCAGGAACAAAUUUGUCGAUGAUGUAGAGAUUGUCAAAGACAAAAAGGACUGGGGACUGUUCAUUGAUUCAUGCUUCACCCACUGUCAAACGCCAUUCAACAUCUCAUGGAGCUCACAGGCCUCCCCAGUGCUCGGUAGCAAGACUGUUGCCGAGGCUGUUGGGGAUUGGUAUUUCGAGAGAAGCUAUGAAGUGAAAGAGAUCGACUGCGAGUAUCCUUGUAACCCCACAUGUAGCAGCCAGCUGCCUACAUGAUUUUACAGUGGACUGCACCGAGAUUACCAGCCCUCCCUGAAUAUUUAUGCAGGCUUACUUUUUUUUGACGGAAGUAUGCAGGCUUACUUGAUGAAGCAGCAGCUGCAGAUCACCUUUCACCAUUUGUUCUAUGAACAACUUAGCUAAGUUUUGCUGAUAAUCAGACGCCUGUAAUAAGUCAAACAGUGGCCAUCUCGAGUGAAAAGGAAAUAAUUUAACAUGAACACUCCACAUUUAUUCAGUACCUCGGCUGCAUAUGAUUUUAGGACUCUAGCUGCCUGAAGCUAUCCUUUACCCCGUCUCCUUUUUUUUAUUUCUCCUUGUAAAUAACUUUUGUCCCCUUAAUACAAAAAUAUGCUUCUUGUGUA